AUGGACCCAAAGCUACCCCAUGGUCUGGUCACUGUGUCGAGCAUUCCCUCUGAAUUUCUGCAUGAGACAUUGAGUGCUACGGUCUACAAGAAUCUUUGGCGAGCCUACUACACGUCACGCCGAGCCAGCAAAGAUGAGACCGAACACCGCUUGGAACAUUUGUUCUGGAGAAUAUGGAGCGAUCGGGGACUCUCCAAGCAAAUGAAUACUCGCACUUUGGAUCGGCUUAUCCUACGAAUCAAAUCACCCGAAGUAUUGGUGGGACUAGAGAAGUCUGAUUUCAUGUCUGAGGAUAACAAAGAAAAGGAAAAGCCAACUGACCAGGUGCAGCCUUGCCACUCUGGCUCCUGCUCCAUCCACCCAAUCUUGAAGAAGCCACAGGCAACGCCGCCAGCCCAGCCAGUUGAAGGCGAGUCCCAUAAGAGCACUCGUCUCCUUCUUGACACACCUAUUGGCACAAAGAUAACCCUCGAGCCAUCCAACUCGCCAACCGUCAUGACAUCUCCAACCACCAUCCCCGAUCCACGCCCACUUCCCAAGAAGACAUACCUGACGGCGAACCGAACUGGUCGAGGCCCACGUCGUCGUCCCGUCUUCAACCGGCGCAAAUCUUCACAGACUUCCAUCCCCAAGUCUCCUUCUACCGCUGCCAGCGCUGCUCCACGUCGACGCUCCGAGCCAGUCGCGAAACCCGAUGGAUCUAACGCCAUGUACGAAGACAGCUACGUAGAACUGGGACUUCUACAGCACCUGAGUUUCCGCGACGAAGAAGACCAAAUCGCACGAGAUCUCGGUCGUGAAAUCGCACCUGAGCCAAAGCCCGUUAAGCCAUCUGUUCCGCUGUUUGAUGAAGUUGAUGACGACAUCCUGCUUGAUCCCAAGACCAUCGCAUCUGAUGCUCCAUUCCCUCGCGCUUCAUCAUUGAAGCACCCUGUUCUGAAUUCCGAGGAAUUCAGCCGGGUGAAGCAGUCGUUUGGCGUCCAGGAUCUUGGUUUGCCCGGUGGGCCCAACUUUGAAAGGGAGGAAAUUGAUGGGGAUUGGACGGAUGUCGAUGCUCUCGACUCCACCCUUCCCAUCUCUCAGCCCUUCAAGAAUCUCGUCGAACAUCGAGAGCUUGUUCCUGAUAAGACCUGCUCGGUUGUUGACCCUGAUAUCGUUCCUGCUGUGAUUCCUGUGGACAAGCAUACUCCUUUGAUGCCACCCAAUAUGGAGGGUGUCAAGCUUUGA